AUGGUUCCUACUGCGACCAUUCCAGCAAUGGUCCUAGCAGGACAAAACCUCGUCCUCGACAUUCUCGCCGCCUACGUAGUGUGGCAGAUGCCGUGCUGGAUCUCGCCUUUCUACAUCUUCAUCUCGCACCGUACUGCUCAGACGAUCCUGGCCCUUGCAGCUGUCGUUCUGCUGUUCACGUUGAAAAACCUAGAUCGAGCCAUUGCUGUGCCUCGCAUUGCUCUCUUGUGCGAAGGGGCUGUAGAGGCAAGUGUACUCUACCUUUAUCAGUCUAUUCGAAAUGGUCUCCAUUCCUCCAACCAAGUCAUACGCUACGAACCAGUCGUGUUCGCCAUCUGGUUCGCGCCCAAGAUCGCUCCUUUUGGUCUGACAUCAGUUGUACCGUGGCACUGGCAGCCAAUCGUCUUUGCGGUCCCGUACAUCCUCGAUCAAGUGCUCCAGAUAGUCAUGUGCGUCAUAUUUUGCCAACGAAUCUUUGUGGAAAAGAGAGGCCAUCUCCUCAAGAGAACGGAGUUGUGCCACUGGCACUACGCCUGGGGCGUGUCAAGAGCUGUCUUACAUAUCGUUGCUUCGGGCAUUAUCAUGACUGUGUCGAUCUUGUGGCCAUACCACCAACUAUUGUUCUUCUUGGUGUUGACCAACGUCAUCCUCUUUUCCCCAACACCACGAGCAUUUCUGAGAUACGCCAGGGCUCGUAAGUUGUCUUCGAAUGAUGACCACACAGAGACAGAAAGAGACAUGUCAAAGCCUCAGAUUCAACACGGCAUAACCGUCCCCGCCCGGGCAGUGACGACCCAGGAGCAUGGCUCAGGUGAGCAGCUUAUCACGGCGUCGGCGUCAAAGCUCUCUCUUCGAGCGAUGCGAUCCAAUGAAUCAUCUGCCUUGUGGUCCGAGGUCCUGGAGAUCGAAGGCUACAUGUUCCACGUCAGUCGAAAGAACGGACGGCACCAUUUUACCCUGGAUAGCUCCGAUGACCUCUGGUCGCUCCGGGCCGUCCGUCGGCUCCUUCCCUGGGCAUCGCGCUAUCCCAGGGACAAGUGCACAGCUGAGGAGUUCCUCCUGCUCGCCCCUGGGUAUCUCGAGUGCCAUCCAUUUCGCGAGGGCACACCGUCGCUGUACGACAUCAUGCGCGACAUCCAUCGGAAGGAACUGCAGCAUACUCUCGACAACUUCCCUGCGCACCAGGCUCGCUGUGACGAAUGUCUCGUGGGGUCGUGCCCUGAGUUGUUUUCUUUGAUGUUCAGGUUGCUGCUGGACAUGGUUAACACGCGCGUCAUUCUGCAUUACCGUGUAGUUGAGAUCGCCGCCCGGGCCCACGGGUACGAAGAUCGGCUGCUCUUGACUCGAGUGGAGCCGACGACGAGGUCGACGGUGCGGUUGGAGUUUGUCCGCCACAAUGCGUUGGUCGUCAUUGAGACCCCGUGGGAGGAGCUGUCCACCAUCAGUUCAAAGGGCAUCUGCAUCGACGUGUCCCACGACACAGAGUGUAUCCUCCCCGGAUGGUCUGAGGAUGGCACCCUAGCAUAG